UCAUCACUUCCACCAUCACCAUCACCACCACCACCACUACUACCUCUCUACUUUCACUCACUCUCUCUGAAAAUGGCCAUUAGAACAACAAAACCAACCAAACUCUCUCAAAAAACAGUCCUCAAGCAAAUCCUAAAAAGAUGUUCAAGCCUAACCAAGAAAAACGGCUACGAUCAAGACGAAGAUGACGUCCAAGAUCUUCCUCUUGAUGUACCAAAAGGCCACUUCGCAGUUUACGUCGGAGAAAACAGAAGCAGAUACAUUGUACCAAUCACAGUCCUAACUCACCCUCAGUUUCAGUCCCUCCUUCGACAAGCCGAAGAAGAGUUCGGCUUCGAUCAUCACACCGGCCUCACAAUUCCUUGCCACGAAGUUGUUUUUCGCUCGUUAACAUCAAUCAUGCUCAGAUCAUAAACAUAAGCCAACCUCGUUUCAUUACAUUGCUUCUACUAGAAGAAAAGAUGAUCAAAGAUGAAGCUGCAUCUAGCUUUUGCUUCUCUUUUUUUUAGCAUCUUUCUUCAAUGUAGUCAUUGAAUUAGUUUGCGUAGAUUCGCAAUCUAGUUUUUUUUUAAUGUUAGUAAGUUCUUGGUUAUGUUAGUUUUUGAUCGAGAUCGAAUCGAAAAUCAUUAUUAGUAUUUUUGGUGAACAAUGUGAUUGUAACGUUUGUUACC